CUACUAUUGGCCAAGAGAUUUCCCUUCUUUAAACUGCAGACUUUAAAAGUUUGCUUUCUGCUUUACUCCGAGUUAAACUUGCCUCCUGGUCGAACUGGACACACUGAGAAGCCGUUAUGCGUCGAAGUUUUGACUAAAAGCGAGUCGUUUUAAACGUCUAAAGACUCAUUCCGGCAAAAAGCCUUUUCAUUCUUCAGGAAAACGACAGGAGUCGACUGGUCGGCCGAAUUCAACGGCAAUACAGACAACGAGCUGUUCAACUUUCAUUUCGUUUGUAUAAUGAGCAAAGGUCCAAAGAAAGAUACGACGUACACAAAACUUUUCGUUGGAAAUAUUCCUUAUGGAACAAACGACGAAACGUUACGAACGUACUUUGCCCAGUUUGGGCUUAUCGAAGAAGCUGUAGUUAUACGGUCGAAAAAUGACAACGCGUCGAAAGGCUACGGCUUCGUAAGUAUUUUGUCUUGUGCUUUAUAUUUAUUUGAGUAAACUUCUCGUGCAGGUAAUCAAACAAUUAAAAUAUACGUUUAUUCCUUUUAAAUAUACAACAUUUCUAGGUCACAAUGAAGGAUGAACAUGGCGCACAACGAGCAUGCGAAAACAAGAAACCUCUUAUAGAUGGUCGAAGAGCAAACGUUCAGUUGGCAUAUCUUGGUGCUAAAAAGAAGACGAAAGACGGUAAAGUCUAUCCUUAAACUUUAUGGGCUACUCUUCUGUUUGUCUUUUAUUAUAGUUACGAAUCAUUCUAAACUAUUAUAACUUAUAAAAAAAGCUGGAACACUCAAGAAUUUGCAUGACUGAUUUAAAGUUCCAAUCAGUUCGUUCCACGUUUUUGCACCUGUAUCGACCAAUGCCGUUUGCGAGUUAGCAAAAAUUGUCGAAAAUACACAACACAACAUGAAAUUUGGAAGCUUUUUCCUAAUUGUAACGUUUUAUUUACUAAUAUGAGUUCAUUUUCAGGUCCUAGCAAACUAUUCUCAAACGGGACAAUCAGUAAAUCAUACGGGUGAGUGAAAUUAAAAAUGUAUGCUGCUUUAGUAAUAAGAUUCAUAACUUAAACUGACAACUAUAUAUACUAAAAGGUGGACCUUUUCCACACUCAUUUGACCGUAUUUAAGUUUGUUUUUAAGCUAAACGUAACAGACUUUAAUGCACAGACUGUUUUUCAGCGGAAAUAACUUGGACAUGUGUUUACACAAAGUCGUUUUUACCAAUUCAGUCUAAUUGUCCUAAAUCCGCGAGGAAUUAGUUGCUAAAACACUGUCAAUAAAAAGCAAGCUUUGGAAUUGAUAUGCUGUCUACUGAACUGUCAGUCGUCUUGGUUUGAAACCUUUAAACACAACGGUCUUAUUCCCGUACGUUUUGGCCAUAAAAAGCCUUGAACGCCAUCAAUAAUUAAGCCGCAAGUUUAAAAGUAAUAAAAUCAAUAGGACCGCUUUCUAAAAGUAUUUUUCAGUCUAGUUGGCCCCAAAGCGGCAAAGCUAAUAAAAAUGCAGUGUUUAGCAGUUAAUUUUCUAAUGUGUAUAUACAAUUACCGUCUUGUUUGUUGGAUACUAAAAUCAUAUUGCCGUCAUAAAAUCAAAACAGAUCGACAAAAAUCUUGUCGAAACGAAAUUUGCACCCACAAUGUUGCAAAUAUGAACGCUAAUUAAAAGUCGUUAAACAAUAUAUUAUAAUCAGUGACUUUAUUAAUUUCAGACCACACAUGCAAAUAUCAAAGCUAUUUUAUAUUUAUCUCCAAAUAUAAUAAUAAUAUUUUCUCACUCUGAUAACUGCAGGUUGACCAUCGUCUGCUGCACGAUAGUGCUUAGUUCAACUCAAGUUUCGCUCCGUAAAACGCCGAAUUUACUAUAUAUUUGCCCGAUAGAUGCCUAGAUGAUUUGAUGUUUCAAUAUUUGUGACAGUAUGCAGCACAUAUAGUCUAAAAUGAAAGACUGUUAUCAGAAUGACUAAACUGUUUUCUUUGUGAAUGUAAGGGCAACAUUUAGCAUCAUUUGCUCACUCCUGUAAAUGUCAAUGUAUACAUUCGAAGUUUAUGAUCAUGCGUAUACCAACUGCAUGUAAAUUGUUCACUGAAAUCUGCCUGAAUUUGAUGGCAAAUGCUUGAAAUGGAAACACAUAUGGUAAAGCAUUUCAGCAACAGGUCGGCAAAGUUACGUUUUCAAUGAAAUGUUCCUGCCGGGAGAUUUCUUAAAUUUGAAAAAUAUUGCCGAUUCUUCGACAUCUCGCAUCUGUUUCCGUGAUUGAGUUCAAGAUCAAAUGGAAAUAUAUUCAUUUUGAGGUCGAUAUUACUCUUUUGGCAUCAUUAGAUCGCUACCUUGAAAUCAUGUUGUUUAGCUGGGUUUAAAGCCAGGCUAGUUUAUACACUUCAAAACAUGUUCAAUGAACUUUGAUAAUAUAAAUUAUAUUAUGAAAUUGUUCAUUCAACAUGUUUAAAGUGUGAACCUCAUUAUAUAACGCCAUAUACAAUGUUUACAUGAGAUCAAACUUUGAAAUGUAAUUUUGUUCUUUAGGGUCCCUCCUCCUCCAUUCGUGAUCCCCACCAGUAUGGUAUUCCCCAAUGGACAACAGACCUACGUCAUGGCUACGUCACCUACCUCGCCACCGACACCCAUGAGUCCAAUGACAGGCCCCAUGAGUCCCCCGAGUCAGGCGCAAGUGUUCUUUGAGUACUCCCCUUACCUUGCUGGCCAGACAGUAUUUUAUGGUGGUACGCUGUAUGAUCAGAACUUUUUACCAGCGGGUCAAGUGAUCCUAAGUUCCCCUGGUUUCCCCCCACAAACCUAUAUCCAACCCCUCUCCUCUCCCCCACCUCCCGGUCACAUGCCCAUGGCGCUAUCAACGUGCCAACACGCGCAAUUCUACGUCCAAAAUAGCGACCAGGGAUUAACCCCUUCUCCUGCUAACACUCAGCCAAUGUUAGUGAACCAAUGAUCCCCAAAAAUUUUACAUCGUGAUGAAAUGAAUUAAAUGGAGACGAACCACAUUUCAAACCAAUUUUAAUGGACCACGUUAAAUCUUACAACUCGUUGAACUAUCAGGCCAAUGGCGCAAGAAACCUCCCUCUCUAUAUAUGUUGUCGCGGUAUACGUCACUUUAUUGCAUUAAAUGUCGUACUCUUGUAAAUUGUCUCUCGUAUCUUGUAAAUUCUAUCAAUGUAAAAGUCGUAGACUAAUUUUCCAAAUUUGUCAGAUUUUGUAUAACAUCUCCUUCUUAGCAAUGUUAAAAGAGAAGCCAGUUUGUCAAUUAGUAAACGGCCAGGCAUUCUCGGUGCUUUUACCCUUUCUGACAAAUAUAAAUGUGAAUAUAAUAAUUGUUAAUCUGAAUUGUCAUUAAUAAAAUAUUGUAGCAAUUUCAACUGUGUUGGUAUGUUGUCGUCUUUUCAGCUUCAUAGUUCGCAAUUGUCCCUCUGUGUGAAGGCAUAGCUACUAUACCAUGCCAUCCAGUCCUCAGAAUGUUCC